ACAGGGGAGCCCACUCACUAGCGCCUCCUGUUGUCCGCAAGGCUGCCCUGCCAUUCCUCGGCCCCCAACUCCCUCCACUCCCCCCCCAUCGCCUCCUCCUCCUCCAUCCUCCAGUUCAAAAUGGCGGCGGCGGCAGCAGCGGCGGCCGCGAUGGCUCCUCCGGGCUGCCCGGGUUCGUGCCCCAACUUCGCCGUAGUCUGCUCCUUCUUGGAGCGCUACGGGCCGCUGCUCGACCUGCCUGAGUUGCCGUUUCCCGAGCUGGAGCGGGUGCUGCAGGCGCCGCCGCCGGACGUCGGCAGUGGAGAAGUACCGAAAGAAUUGGUGGAGCUCCAUUUGAAGUUGAUGAGGAAGAUUGGCAAAUCUGUUACAGCAGACAGAUGGGAAAAAUAUUUAAUCAAGAUAUGCCAAGAGUUUAAUAGCACCUGGGCAUGGGAGAUGGAGAAGAAGGGCUAUCUUGAAAUGAGUGUUGAAUGCAAACUAGCACUCCUAAAGUACCUCUGCGAGUGUCAGUUUGAUGACAAUCUCAAAUUCAAGAACAUUAUCAAUGAGGAGGAUGCUGAUACCAUGCGUCUCCAACCAAUUGGCCGAGACAGAGAUGGCCUCAUGUACUGGUACCAAUUGGAUCAAGAUCACAAUGUCAGAAUGUACAUAGAAGAACAGGAUGAUCAAGAUGGCUCUUCAUGGAAAUGCAUUGUCAGAAAUCGAAACGAGUUGGCUGAGACUCUUGCCCUCCUGAAAGCACAGAUUGAUCCUGUGCUACUGAAAAACUCUAGCCAACAGGACAACUCUUCCCGGGGAAGUCCCAGCUUAGAGGAUGAGGAGACUAAAAAGGAGGAAGAAGCACCUAAACAAGAGGAACAGAAGGAAAAUGAAAAGAUGAAAAGUGAAGAGCAGCCAGUAGAUUCAGAAAACUGUUCUACACCCAGUGCUCUGGAAGAGGCUACUGUGAAAAUAGAAAAAGAAGAUGAAAAGGAACUUGUCAAACUGCCAGUCAUAGUCAAGCUAGAAAAACCUUUGCCAGAAAGUGAGGAAAAAAGGAUUAUCAAAGAAGAAAGUGAUUCCUUCAAGGAAAAUGUCAAACCCACUAAAGUUGAAGUAAAGGAAUUUAGGGCAGAUCCUAAAGAUAUCAAAGGUAGCAUGGAGAAGCUAGAGACAGAGAGGCUGGAGUUUGGUGGCAAUGUUCGAUCUUCUCAAGAAAUCACUGAGAAGUCUACGGAAGAAACCGAGAAAAUUAAAAAUGAUCAGCAGGCGAAGAUACCACUAAAAAAACGAGAAAUUAAACUGAGUGAUGAUUUUGACAGUCCAAUCAAAGGACCUUUGUGUAAAUCAGUUACUCCAACAAAAGAGUUUUUGAAAGAUGAAAUAAAACAAGAGGAAGAGACUUGUAAAAGGAUCUCUACAAUCACUAUUUUGGGUCAUGAAGGGAAACAACUGGUAAAUGGAGAAGUUAGUGAUGAAAAGGUAACUGCAAAUUUUAAGACAGAACAAAUGGAGACAAGGUUUUAUGAUACAAAAGAAGAUAGCUGUAGCCCCUCUAAAGACAGAAGUGUCAUCGUGGAGGGAAAUGGAGCAGAGUCCUUAAAUUCUGUCAUAACGAAUAUGAAAAUAGGUGAUCUUGAGAAGGAAGUGGUCCCUACAGGGAAAGAUGCAGAUAGUUCAGUAUCAGUCUUAGAGUCCCAAAAUCAAAAAGGGCAAUUAGAGGAGACUGAUCCUCCAGAAAUGGAAAUCUCUCUUGAGACUUCUGAGAUGGCAAAGGAUCUCUCUUUGAAAACUGCUUUAUCUGCCACUGAAUCUUGUACCCUGAAAGUUGACGAGAAGUCUCCCAAAAGUAAAAAGGAUAAGCGCACACCAGUCCUAGAAUGUCUUGAAAAGUUAGAGAAGUCCAAAAAGACUUUUCUUGAUAAGGACACACAAAGAUUGAGUCCAAUACCAGAGGAGGUUCCAAAGUAUACUCUAGAAUCAGUAAAGCUAGUCUCUCCUGAGGCAGCUGAAACCUCAGCACCAUCUAACAUGACGGACGACUGUGAGAAAUUAGCCUCAGAAAAGGAAGUGGUGGAAUGUCAGAGCACAAGUUCCACUGAAAGUCAGCCCCUAGAAAAAACAGACCCAGAAAUUCUACAAAAGGAUUCCGAAUCCACCAAGGUAGAAACAGAUCAUCUGGACAAUGCCCAGACCUCUGGCACAGAGGAUCAUUCUGAGACAAAGGGUUCUACGCAAAAAAGCAAAUUUAAAUAUAAGCUGGUUCCUGAAGAAGAAACCACUGCCUCAGAAAACACAGAGAUAACCUCUGAAAGGCAGAAAGAGGGCAUCAAAUUAACAAUUAGGAUAUCCAGUCGGAAGAAGAAGCCAGAUUCUCCUCCCCAAGUUCCAGAACUAGAAACGAAGCAAGAGAAGACAGAAAAGGAAGAAGAGAAAACAAACGUAGGUCGUACUUUAAGGAGGUCUCCAAGAAUAUCUAGACCCACAGCAAAAGUGGCUGAGAUCAGAGAUCAGAAAGCUGAUAAAAAAAGAGGGGAAGGAGAAGAUGAAGUGGAUGAAGAGUCAGCAGCUUUGCAGAAAGCAGACAAAAAAGAAAAUCUGAAAAAAACGGAGAAGGAUACAAAUUCUAAAGUAAGCAAGGUAAAACCCAAAGGCAAAGUUCGAUGGACUGGUUCUCGAACACGUGGCAGGUGGAAAUAUUCCAGCAAUGAUGAAAGUGAAGGGUCGGACAGUGAAAAAUCAUCUGCAGCUUCAGAGGAAGAGGAAGAAAAGGAAAGUGAAGAAGCCAUCCUAGCAGAUGAUGAUGAACCAUGCAAAAAAUGUGGCCUUCCAAACCAUCCUGAGCUAUUUCAGAAACUACUGUGUGAGAAAUUAGAAGAACAAUUGCAGGAUUUGGAUGUUGCCUUAAAGAAGAAGGAACGUGCUGAACGCAGGAAAGAACGUUUGGUGUAUGUGGGUAUCAGUAUCGAAAACAUCAUUCCUCCACAAGAGCCAGAUUUUUCUGAAGAUCAUGAAGAAAAGAAAAAAGAUUCAAAAAAAUCCAAAGCAAACUUACUUGAAAGGAGGUCAACAAGAACACGGAAAUGUAUAAGUUAUAGAUUUGAUGAAUUUGAUGAAGCAAUCGAUGAAGCUAUAGAAGAUGAUAUCAAAGAAGCUGAUGGAGGAGGAGCCGGCCGAGGGAAAGAUAUCUCCACCAUCACAGGUCACCGUGGGAAAGACAUCUCUACUAUUUUGGAUGAAGAAAGAAAAGAAAAUAAACGACCCCAGAGGGCAGCUGCUGCACGUCGGAAGAAACGCCGGCGACUGAAUGAUCUGGACAGUGAUAGCAACCUGGACGAAGAAGAGAGUGAGGAUGAAUUCAAGAUCAGCGACGGAUCUCAAGAUGAGUUUGUUGUAUCUGAUGAAAACCCAGAUGAAAGUGAAGAAGACCCACCAUCUAAUGAUGACAGCGACACUGAUUUCUGUAGCCGGAGACUGAGGCGACAUCCCUCCCGGCCAAUGAGGCAAAGCAGGCGUUUGCGGAGAAAGACCCCAAAGAAAAAGUACUCUGAUGAUGAUGAAGAGGAGGAGUCUGAGGAGAAUAGUAGAGACUCUGAAAGUGAUUUUAGCGAUGAUUUUAGUGAUGAUUUUGUAGAAACUCGGCGGAGGCGGUCAAGGAGGAACCAGAAAAGACAAAUUAACUACAAAGAAGAUUCCGAAAGUGAUGGUUCCCAGAAGAGUUUACGACGUGGGAAAGAAAUCAGACGAGUUCACAAGCGCAGGCUUUCUAGCUCAGAGAGUGAAGAGAGCUAUAUGUCCAAGAACUCUGAAGAUGAUGAGCUAGCUAAAGAAUCAAGGCGGUCAGUUCGAAAGCGGGGUCGAAGCACAGAUGAGUAUUCAGAAGCAGAUGAGGAAGAAGAAGGCAGACCAUCUCGAAAACGGCUACACCGGAUCGAGACAGACGAGGAGGAGAGUUGUGACAAUGCUCAUGGAGAUGCAGAUCAGUCUGCCCAUGACAGCCAGCCCAGGGUCCUGCCCUCAGAACAGGAGAGCACCAAGAAGCCCUAUCGGAUAGACAGCGAUGAGGAAGAGGACUUUGAAAAUGUAGGCAAGGUGGGGAGCCCUUUGGACUAUAGCUUAGUGGACUUGCCUUCCACCAAUGGACAGAGUCCUGGCAAAGCCAUUGAGAACUUGAUUGGCAAGCCAGCUGAGAAGCCUCAGACCCCCAAGGACAACAGCACAGCCAGUGCGAGCCUGGCCCCCAAUGGGACAAAUGGUGGGCAGGAGGCAGGGGCACCAGAAGAGGAGGAAGAUGAGCUUUUAAGAGUGACUGACCUUGUUGAUUAUGUCUGUAACAGUGAACAGUUAUAAGACUUUUUUUCCAUUUUUGUGCUAAUUUAUUCCACGGUAGCUCUCACACCAGCGGGCCAGUUAUUAAAAGCUGUUUUAUUUUUCCUAGAAAACUCCACUACAGAAUGACUUUUUAGAAGAAAAAUUUCAACAAACCCUGAAGUCUUUCUGUGAAGUGACCAGUUUUGAACUUUGAAGAUAAAUAAUUGCUGUAAAUUCCUUUUGAUUUUCUUUUUCCAAGUUCAUGGUCCUUGGCAAUUUCAUUCAUGGAAAAAAAUCUUAUUAUAAUAACAACAAAGAUUUGUAUAUUUUUGACUUUAUAUUUCCUGAGCUCUCCUGACUUUGUGCAAAAGGGUGGAUAAGAAUGCAUUCCGAAUCUGUGCGGGCCCAAAACAGAAUUAGGGGUGGGAGAAAGCACUUGUGCUUUAGCUUUUUCAUAUUAAAUAUAUAUUAUAUUUAAACAUUCAUGGCAUAGAUGAUGAUGAACAGACUGUUUAAAAGUUCCAGUCUGUAUUGUUGCAGUUUGAGAACUGUAGAUGACAUCGUACAUAAGUCAUUCAGUAACAGCAUUCAUGAUAUCAACUUGUUUACUAUUGGAGUUAACCACACUUAAUAAAGAAGAGAUGGAGAAAGCACCAUCAUUAAAAACUCUAACCUGAGUUUCUGUUAUAGCGGAGUUUCUUAUUUAAAAAAAAAAAAUCAUCUGAAGAACAUUUGUACAGUAAAAUGUAUAAUGAAGCUUUGACAACCAGAUUGUGCUAGCAGCAAAUUUUUUUAAGCAGCUUUAUGCAGUGGUGAUGAGGUGGCCUCUAAUAUCCUAUCCAUGAGAGUUAUUAGUGAAAUAAGUGUGGUCUUUCUUUAGGCCCAGGUGGACUGUAAACUUUGCAGAUAGUGUAACUCUUGUCUUCUGGCCACUUAAUAUUUAAAUAUCUGAAAUAUCCCAUUUUGAAAGAAAUACAUCUAUACAUAACAUACAUGAAGAGAUGCUAAGCUGACAGCAGUAUUUUAGCACAUUUGAUGACGGGGAAAGGAUUUUCAGGUGAAUUUUAACUGGUCUAUUCUUGCCCUUAGUAUCUACUUCAAAUUGAAGUCUACAAACAAAGCAGUUCCUUUGGGAGGUUUUUAGUUUGAGUUUUAGCAUGUAUGUGUGUGUAUACGUGUGUGUGUAUGUGUGUGCGUUGGAAUUUCCUAUCUGCCUGGAUAUAUUAGCAGGGUUUGAAUGUAGUUUUGGCCUUUGGCCAUUAGACUUCUAUUAAAAUUCAUUAAUAGUCACACGACCAACCUAGAGUUGAUUGAGAACCGCCAAUAUGCUUAAUGGGCAUGACAUCCAUUUCAAACAUCUCAACACUUCAGUGAAAGAUAAGCCCUUUGUUUCAAGAAAAAGGGGUUUAUAACUAAAUAUCUAACAUGUAAUUGACACUAAAAUAUGAACUUUGUCUUAUUUAGUUACUGUUACAGCUGUAAAAUUUCAGGCAGAGCCAUAAAUAACAUUGUAUAAAGUGUAGCACUUGUGAUUAAACCUUGCCUGUCAAAUUCUGAAACCUUCAGCCAUUACUUCUGUGAAUACUUUUGCCCUGGGAUUUGGGUUUUUCUGUUCCGGUGUUGUGUCUGUUGCCGGCAACGGACACACCAUAUCUGCUGCUGGCCCAAGGAACUUUGUUAAUUUUUCUUUCCAAAUUAAGCAUUAUAUGUGCUAGUCAGUGUAUAGUAAAGCACUUCUCUUUUUUAUGAUUAAAAAGCUGGCAUUAGACUUGCAUUAUAAAUACCUCUCUAGAAACUUUAUACUCCUUCUUUUCCUUCCUCAACGGGUGUUGCCCUUAAAUCUUAUCUUUCGGCCUUGAAAGUUUAUAGCUGUUGUUUUUCAUUUGUUGGUUCUUUUGUUUGUUUUGUUUCACUUUAGUUGUGUAGUACCUGCCCAUUAAUAUUUUUGCUUUGAUUCUAGCAAUGUAUAUGUAUCUGUAUAAAAAAUAAAAUAAUGAAAGCAGCCUAAAAAUAGGAUGCACCAAUAGCAUGUGGUUCCAAGCAAGUUGUGAUUUUUAUUUUGAGACAAUGUUCCACUGGAAGGGAGGGAAGGGCUUACACUUACAGACAGUAGAGCAGGGUUACGUAAGGACCAUAUUCACGUACCAAGCCACCUUUCUAGCCAGAUUUGUUCACUUGUUUGAAAGUCAGGUAAGAAUGUUAGCGAGCCUUUUUAACUGUCUUAACAGGCAGGCAACAGAAGGAUUCCUACUAGUGCAAGGUAAGUGUUUAGAACGUGCGGGCGGCCUCCCCUGCCCCCCCGUUGUUCCUCUAGAUUUUAGUCCUGCAGCUGGGUAAAGCCACUACGGUGUAGAAACUCCCACGUACGCUGUCUCUACCUCUGGACACACCACCUCCUGCUUCCACCACUCUAUAGUUAAGCAAGUGGUAAGACGUAUCCAAUGGGGUAGAUUAUUUAUUUUACAGGAUGCCUAAUGUGAAAUAAAGGAGUUCUUUUUACCCUUCUCCUACAGAGAGCAAAAGGUCAUUGUUACCAUAGUAAAGACUGAGUAUUCAAGUUAGCAUAGGUCCCACUGACAUGGGUUAUGAUACCACUUUUGCUGCCUAUUAAUUUACCGAACUUGAAUUAAGUAUUUGUGAACUUGAUAGUGAAUGUCUGCCUUCUAACCUUACAUUCUGAUUAAGCCAAUUAACUGUUUCAUCUACAAAGAGUGCAAUCCAAGCAGCUGAACUUAAAAAUUACUAUGCAGACAGGUUAAUUAUGGGCAGUUAAAUGUUGGACAGUGCAAAACCAAUUCUGCUGCUUGGUGAUUAGAUUUAGUCCCUCAUAAAGUCUUAACGUUCACUGAAAUAUUAACUGAUCAUGCUUUGAAGAAAUUUUUAAAAAUGUAGGAAAAAGUAAAUGGUCCUGUAUCCAAAGAUAUAAUUCAGUCAUUAGGAACUGGACAGAGUAUAGGAAAGCAGCAGCUCAUCUAGAGUUUAGAACACCUUGGAUCCUUAGAGUACUAACCAUGGAUUUAGAUGCAUCCGUAGCUGCCGUAUAAUACAGUCCUUUAAUACUUUAAACCUUUUUUGAAAUACAGGUGGACUCCCAAUGUCCCACUAACAGUCUAGCACAUGUAUUAAGGGGAGAUGUAGUUUAGUGCACAGAAUAUUUAGUUUGCAAUUUCUGUAUAAGUUUGAAAACUAGCCAAAUGUUCACAAAGCAGAAGCUUUGAAUUAAAAUAUAUGAAAGGAACUCAGACUGAAAAUACACAUUUUGGUUUUGUAGACUUGUGUCAAUGAAAUAGGGUGUCGUGUAAAACAUUUUCCGUUGUUGGCACGUUAUUAGAUAAUGAUGGCAGAGAGCUUUUCAAGAGUUUACCUGAUACAGUGAGGUUGGAUUUCCUUGACACAUCUUUUUCCAGUUGGUCAAGGUUGCAGAUGCAGAGAAUACAGAGGAGUUUCAUUUAGAAUAAAUUCAUGUCUAUUGAUAGUCUUUUUUUUUUUUUUUUAAGACCUGCCAAAGAACCAAGGACUGAAUGCUAAAGAAGUUGUUGAAAAAAACAUUUUUAAACAAAUUUUAAAAGGAUAUUACAAACUCCAGUUUUCACUUUUUGGUUGCUAGAGCCCAUCCCAUAGUAUGCAUCUAAGCAAAGUAUAUAUACUAAGACAAAUGUAGGAGUGUACUUGUUUAGAGGUAAAAUGGUGAGAAAAUGUUACCAGUUUUUAAAUGGGUUUGAUAGAAUUUACUUUGUCACAAAGAAUGCCUUUUUAGCUUAUGUUUGUGGCGAUGAGAGAUGUUAACCAUGCGCUAGUUCUACCAUAUGACUGGAAGGAACCCAGGGAAUCUGUAAGUUGAAUACUCAGAAAAAGUUGUGAACUCUGCCCUUCACCAACACAGUGAAACAAGUCCGUGAUUGCCUCACAGCUAUAGAACAAGUAUUCAAAGACCCAGAUCUUUUUUAAAAAAUAGAACAUGCAUAUAUGUAUGUAUAUAUAUGUUAGUAUGUGUAUACAUACUUUAGAUGUUAGCAGAAAUUAAGAAUGAAUCCUUUGAAAUCAUUAAUUGACAUUGUAAAAAGACAUAAGACAAUUGUGACUGAUGUGAAAUUACGAACAUUUAAUUACAGAAAGUCCAGAGAAAAAUAGUGAAGUUCCUCUUCUUGGUUUGAUAUUCUAAGAAAAUAUUCCUGGUUCUCUAAGAAGUAAGAAUGCCAAGACUGCUUAUCUGCUAUAGUCUACCUAGUCCUCUGCUUAAUAUUGUUAUUAAACCCUCUUAGAAUAAAAUCCAUUCCUAUUUUAUCCACCAUUCCCAGUGUGUACCUGUAAACCUACUUUGCAAGUGGCAGUUCAGCUGCUGAUUUUCUUGUUUUUAUACCAAUCCCAGAAGACAAGGCCCUUUGCUAUCAGUGUAUUUAAACUGGGUUAUUGUGUUAUGUGUACACUUAAUAAGUUGUUUUCAAGAUAUUUCACUUCAACUUAAAUUAUCAUUUAUCAUUUUUUGAGUGCCAAGAAUUGUUAAGUAACUAACAUACAUUGAAGAAGAGUCAUUCCCCAGCAAGCAAGCAGUCUUCAUAAGCCAAACUGUAGGGUGCUUGGUAUAUAACCACUUUAUAGAUUAUCCACUCGAUACUUCUUUUAUUCACAUAAACCCUCUCAGAAAUUGAUUAGGACUCCAUUAGUGGAUUUUUUUCCCCUGAUUUUGGUCAUGUGAGCGCAAUUUUUUUUUUCAUUUUAUAUUUAUAUGAUUUCAUUCUGGGAAAUGCUGCAAACCCAAUUCUGGCACAUUGUGAUUUCAGUUAAUGAAAAUGUUAUUUUUAUUUUAAUAACUUUUUAAGAUAUAGCCUAUGCAUAAGUUAUAUGAGAGGGCAUAACAAAUUAUUAGAUGAAUAGAAAUUUAUUAAUUAAACUCCUUAGACA